AUGAAGUUCGUCUCGGCUGUGCUGCUGGUGCUGUUGGUGGGGGGGCAUCCCGGGGUCCCGGCUCGGCUGGAGCGCUGGGUGAAGGCUGGGUUUCAGUACCUGAAGGUGCACCUGUGCCGCAGGGUGGCUCUGCCGGAGAGCGAGUGUCGCAGGUUUGCGCACAUGCACCCGAGCGGUGUAGCCGUGUACUCAUCCGAUCCCAGCACGGGUAAAGUGUUGGUCAUCCUGCCGGACUCUUACCCCGCUGAAAAAGUCGGGUACUUGGGAGAAAGCGGGCUGGAGAGAGAGAAGUACCCCGGUGCCAACGCGCACGACGCCGUGCUGGUGCUGGACCCGAGUCCGGGUGAGAGCUUCGGUCACCCUGUGCUCCUCUUCUACGUGGAUUUUACUGUGACCAAAAAGAAGUGUGCCCACAUGGAGGGCAUUUAUUUAGGAGAGGAGUGCAUGACGCUGGCUCUAAAAACUCGCUGCCAGAACCAGCUGAAGCGGAGGAGGAGCCGCAGUGACCGCUCGAUGGCUCGCGCGCGGGUUCGUAAGAGUGCUGUGUCCAGAUUGAGCCAUGUAGAGCGCAGCAGCGGCCUCUGUGAAAUUCACUUUCUGCCCCGUGUGGUGGGAGUAAAAGACAGCAACCGAACUCAGCGCCUACGAUGCGUAGAUCUUCCAGAGUUUGCCAAAUGCCCGCAGCCUUUGCCCCUCACUAGUCCCAGUGUGCCCAUUUCCAGCUGUGAACUCAAUAAAAACACCCGACGAUGCCACCAACAGCCCCUUGCCACACAUCUCUCCUGCCGCCUCUACCAGACCUGUGACCAUGCAGUCCUACUCUCAGGAGGCUGGCAGGAACAGAUCACAUACCAGCGUCAUGUGCAGAAUCUUUUGCAUUUCUACCAGAUGCUGAUGAACAACGGCUUCCAUAAGGAUCACAUCAAAACUUUCUUUGCAGGAAAUGGACAGGUAGCAGCUAAAGAGGCAGAGGGAAUGUACCCAGCUACUGAAAAGGAGGUGAUCAGAAACCACAUCUCCUACAUCUGCCGCAAACAGCACUGCGCAGACACACUCGUCCUCUACCUGAACAGCCCGACACGCAACGACGGAACCAUGCUGCUGUGGGACCGCAACGACAACGGCAUUGCAGAUCUGAAGGAGCGCUACACAGUGGGGGAGUUACUGGCUGACCUGGCAGGCUGCAGGGCCAGUCGAGUGCUGCUGUUUGUGGAACAGAGCUACACUGGAGUUCUCACCAAGAGACUUAAGAGUUCUUUUAAACACCUCAAUGUGGUGGUGCUGCUCAACAGCCUGCCCUGGGGAAACACAGCCCAGUUCUGGGCCUCCCUGCAUCCAUCCCACUGCCUCACAGACCACCUCAGUAAGAAUGCUGUUAUACCUCGACUAGCAGAAGAUGGGACGAGCCUGUUGAACGUGACUCUGGCGGGAGCCCCGUGUAACGGAACACCCCCUCUCACCGAGGCUGAAAUAAGAAAGGAGUACAUGGGUUGCCAAAACCUGCCGACAGCGCUUUGGCACCAUGGCAGACGCAAGCCCCACGACGGCAAGAGAAACUGAGAGGAACUCGUGUUCUUUCAGUACAGUCUCGCUCUCUUUCAUCAGCCUUACAGUCUCGCGCUCAUUCAUUCCAUUAUAACCAGCAGUCAGACUAGAGACAAUGGCUUUUCGGUCAUCUUAGUGCUCACUGGGGCUUUUCUUCAUGGGUUCUAAUCCUAGAUUCAGACAGCUGCUUUAGUAACUGGCUGGACAAGAAUAAAACUCAACAUGUACGAUUCACUGGAUCCAGGCCAUUCAGUGAAAAAGCUGGAAAGAUGUGGAUGAACAUAAAUGGGCUUAUGCACAAACAAAAGGAACUAAAAGAGGACAAACAUUAAAGCAGAAAUAUACAUGAUAUAAAAAAUAACCUGGAUGAUGUGCUUACUCUGAACCCAACUCUACACUUUACAGCAGGACAGACCGUUCCAAUGUUUUUUUGCUGGGGUUUAACCAUCAGCCACUGGGCUUUUGGACCUGUUUACAGCUAGAAUGUUCCGGCGUGCAUCAAUGCCUGUGCCAUAUCUGGAGAAGGCUUCUCCACCACACACCUCAUGCUUACUUGAACAUUUCAGGACGAAUCUAUGUUUCCCUUUCCAUCACCCCUAAGCACCCUAGGCAUAGCCAUGAUCAAGUCAUGACAAUAAUUCCUAUGACAGGCUCAGGCUUAUGCAAGGCUACUUUCUAUAUGUGUUAGGAUUUCCUGCUAACCUGUGUAAGGUAAAUUUUUUCUGAAUUCUCUUACCUACGUCAGUACAGAGGAGUGGAUUAGUAGCAGUGGAGGACGCAGGAAAUGCAGGUUUAAGUUAGACACAAUUUUGUUUUGCACACAAAUAAUAUAAUUAAUAUUUGCUUCCAUCAGGUAGCUGAUUAUUUAGGCGAUCGUAUAAAGUG